AUGCCCGGCAGUGGCCGGGGCAGAGCGGGAGCCACAAGCCGAGAACGACGUGUGCCGGGCUGGCAGCCGCUCUGCCUGGACAUGAGGUGGGUGUCUCCCGCGCCCAGGGGCCUGGGGAGCCGGGAGGUUGGCCCGGAGCCUGGCAUCCCCUGAUGGUCCCGCUGCUCUGCGGCAGCAGGGGAUGCUCGGCGGAGGAAGUGCCAACACUCCCAUCCAUCCCCACCCCUAUCCCCGCAGGCCGCUGCGCUCCGGGCUGCGUUUCCAGGACCGUGACCUCCCACCACGUCUCCCCAUGGGCACCGGCUGGACUCAGCCUGUCCUGAGGAGCCCGGCUGUGGGGUCUGCAUCUCUCUCACAGGCUCUCCUUCCUCCGCACCUAGGGGCCAUCCAUUUCUGCUCAGAGCUUCUUAGAGAACCGGCAGCUACCUCCACGGCCUGGGACAACUGUGGAACAGUGCCUUAGGCGCUUACCUGGAGCUUGCCGGCUGCCGAGGCUGCUUCCCACCAGAGACGAACGCCUCUUUCCCCGGCCUUGCAAUGCAAUUAUGGCCCUUAAUGGGCUUAGCCAUCUGGAGCCAGCCCACGGGCACCCCGGCACAGCUCCAGAGCUGGGACGUGCCUUGCUGGGCAAGGGGGACCCCGCAGACCCUGGCCCCUGGGGGUGCGGAGCGGGGCCAGAGCCCCAGGCUGCUUUCCAUGCCCGAAUAACUCCCCGCUCUGUCUUCCCCACGGCAGGACGUGGCGCCCCGCCCGGGGCUGAGCCCACCAUGGUGCUCCCCUACGCUCACAGCAGCGCGGGCGGCUGGCCAGCCCCGGAGGAGCCCCGUGGCCGCAGCAACUCCAUCCCCCCGGCGCAGACCCCCACGGCCAAGCACAUGCUGGCCUACCUGCCCCGGCCGCCCGCCGACACCAGCCGCUACGGCACCUUCCCGCAGGAGCCCGAGCUCCCGGCCGUCCCCGGCGCUCCGGUGGAGGACGGCGGGCAGAAAGCCGCCGCUGCCAAGAGAGGCGCCCCGAUGCCAAACUACCCAUCUGCGCCCUGUCACAGCGGCAUUGUCCCCGGUGAGCCGUCCCUGGCGCCCAGCCGCGGCAGCCUGGCCACCCAGCAGCACCGCGGCCGGCCGUCCUGGUGCCCCGCGCCCGCCCCACAGGAGGCAGGUGCCCGCCUGUACCCGCUGAGCGUGGCCAGCAUCCCCAACUCCUCCCGCGGCAAGACCUCCGCCCGCAGCUCCACCAUCCCCACCCCGGAGGGGCUGCAGGGCCGGCGCUGCAAGCUGCUGGAGGAGGACAGCCCCGUGGUCCAGGCCGGCAAACGGCAGCGGCAGCGCUACGUGACAAAAGUGGGCAAGUGCCAGGUGAAUCUGGGCAACAUCCAGGACAAGAAGAGGUUCCUCUCAGACAUCUUCACCACCAUCGUAGACCUCAAGUACCGCUGGUUCCUCUUCGUCUUUAUGAUGUGCUACAUCGUCACCUGGGUGGUCUUUGGCUUCAUCUACUUCUUGGAUGCCUGGGUGCGGGGUGAUGUUUGGCACCAGGGCGAUCCCGAGUGGCAGGCAUGCAUCGAGAACGUGGAUGGCUUUGUCUCCGCCUUGCUCCUCUCGGUGGAAAGCCAGCGGACCAUUGGCUACGGCACUCGGAUGGUGACAGCCAACUGCGCCGAGGGCGUCAUCCUGCUGAUGGCACAGUCCAUCGUUGGCUCCAUGAUCGAUGCCAUGAUGGUUGGCUGCAUGUUCGUUAAGAUCUCCCGGCCCAAGAAGCGUGCCCAGACCCUCAUCUUCAGCAAGAACUGCGUCAUCUCCCUCCGGGAUGAGAAGCUCUGCCUGAUGUUCCGUGUGGGGGACCUGCGGGACAGCCACAUGGUGGAUGCCAAGAUCCGGGCAAAGCUGAUCAAGUCCCGUCAGACGGCUGAGGGGGAGUUCAUCCCCCUGGAGCAGUCGGAACUGAACCUGGGCUACGACACAGGGGAAGACCGUCUGUUCCUGGUGGAGCCCCAGAUCAUCUGCCACGUCAUCAACCAUCACAGCCCCUUCUGGGACAUGUCUGCCGAGUCACUGCGCCGAGACCAGUUUGAAAUCAUCAUCAUCCUCGAGGGCAUCGUGGAAGCCACAGGAAUGACGUGCCAAGCCCGCACCUCCUACACGGAGGACGAGAUCCUCUGGGGAUACCGCUUUGAGCCCUGCAUGUCUCUGGAGAAAGGCGCCUUCCAGGUGGACUACAGCCGCUUUGAGAUGACCUUUGAGGUGCAGACGCCAGCGGCCAGCGCCAAGGAGCUGCAGGAGCUGAAGGAGCUGGAGCAGCAGCAGCACUCCACGCUCAGCCUCUACUGGGACCACCUGCUGCAGCCCUGCGUGCUGCCGGGGCCCGGCGAGGACGCGCCGGUGGGGACCAGUGCCCCCGGCAGCGCGGCUGAGGGCGGCCGGGACCUGCCACCAGAGCGGGAAUUCCCUGCCUGAGCUGCCCCCGGACCGUGGUGCCCCCCACCAACAGUGCCAUAGCCCACCCUCCUCCGUGGGGCUGAGCCCCUGUGCCCUCACCCCUAUUCCCCAGCGCAGCCCCAGGGCAUUCUUUUUGUCAAGUUGUUCUUUUGUAACAAGGAAUACCAAGCGCAACUAGUGGGCGAGUAAAGGCUGCUCAUGACCAAA